AUUUUGUCCCUUUUAAGAUCCAACAAAAAAGGUUUUGAAAGUACAUUAAAUCUCCUUAACUUCUAGCUUGGCGCUACUUGUACCUUGCCCACGUAAGUGCCUAUGUCCCAAAUGUAUUACCGAACAAAGCACCAAGUCGCACUAUUGCUUUAAAAAAGAAAAAGACAGAAACGCCCUUUUUAUAUAAAUAUAUUAUUAUUAUUUGCCUUUACAGACAUGACUUCAUGUCUUUAAUAUUGUCAUCUCUGCCUUUUUUUUCUUCCGAAAUUUCGAAACUUCAAAUCUCGGCAACCCAGAAACUUAAGACAUUUUCCGGAAAAAACAAAAAGUAGACCGAAAAAUGUCAGUCUUGUUAACAGAAAACAAUAACGAAGCCAACGUAAAUAUUGGUCCCCAUGAUCAGUACUAUGGCUACUUUCACAGGAGCAAUGGCAGCAUAAGCGAAAUAGAGGAAGAAGAUGAAGGAGAAGGAGGAUGUAGUAGCGAAAACGACGACGUUGCGAGGGAUAUCAAGGAGCUAUUCGAGAUCAAGAAGUUUGCCCCGAUGCCGGCCAUCGGAGAAGAACAACUAUCGAGCGGUGCAGGUGGCGAGGAUUGUAUUUACGUGGCGGUCGGAAAGAGCGCAUCCAGCAUGGACGCCUUGAAUUGGACUUUGAGACAGGUUAUGGAUCUGUCACCGUCGAUCAUCGUCUAUCUCAUUCAUAUUUUUCCUGAGAUCCGCCAAAUCCCUACUCCAUUAGGAAAGCUUCCGUUGAGUCAAGUUAGUCCAGAGCAGGUGGAAAAUUACAUGGCACAGGAAAGAGGCAAGAGAAGAGAGCUUCUUCAUACGUUCCUCCAUAAAUGUUCAGCUGCCAAUGUUAAGGUGGAUACCCUAUUGAUUGAGAGUGAUGGCCUGGCGAAGGCAAUUAUAGAUCUUGUUGAAAUUCUCAACAUAAGGAAACUAGUAAUUGGAAUCGCCAAACCCAACUUAAGGAAAUUAAGAUCGAGAAAAGGAACAGGGUUGGCUGAUCAAAUACUAAAGAGCGCACCGGAAACUUGCGAGGUUAAUAUCAUAUGCGAAGGAAACCAAGUACUGAAUAUGGACCAACCGAUGAGUGAACCGCCAUCGCCAUCGCCAUCUCCACGUGCCAUCGUUGAUAUCUCCAAGGAGUCUGAUCAUAACUCCACUAAGUCCUUGCAAGAAGAAGAUAAACGCGAAGAAGCGCCUGUCUCCUGCAUGUGUUUUAGGUCAAAGUUUACAUAAUAAAGUAAGUGUUCACAUUUCAUGGUGCGGGGAUAGCUCAGUUGGGAGAGCGUCAGACUGAAGAUCUGAAGGUCGCGUGUUCGAUCCACGCUCACCGCAAACUUCUGUUUGUUUUUAUUUACCUAUUUUUGAAAUUUACACAUUUUAAUAAUAAUUGAAAAAAAAAUUAUUAUAAUAGUGCUAAGGGCCAUAUAUUUUUUAUUAA